AAGGGGACAGCUGGCAUCUGGCCAGGGGCUGCAGGAAAGGAUGGGGAUACCCAGCUGAUUUGCUUCCCAUGUCCCCUUCAGCCUCCCCAAAACUCCCCCCACCCCAUGCAAAAAGAUUAAAAUCAGGGUGGAAAACUGAAGGCCAAAAGGGAGGCGAGCCCCCAGCACUGGGCAUGGCCAGCUGGUGCAGGGAGCGGGGGGGCUCUGCGUGUGGCACCCCGGCAGAGAUGCAUUUUGUCCAGGGGGCUGCAGGGCCAUGACAGUGUGAUGGGGGGUGUGAUGCUCAGCACCAGCCAUGUGGUCCCCGCAGGCACUCCCAGCCACGCUGCACUGCAGGAUACUGCUCACCUUCCUGGUGGUCCUUGGAGCCCCAGUGAGAGCCUGGAAGGGGCUGAGCAGCGAGCAGCUCCCACCAGGCCCCCGAGUGGGGGACGGAGACAAGCUGAUGAAGCAGGAAGCCACUGGUGCUAAGGAGAUGCUGCCAGGUGUCCCUGAGAUGAGGAAGGGUGACCACGGCUCCGGGGAAGGGUCUCAUCCGGACAAAGCCAACCUGCCACUGCUAGAGGCAUCAGCAAGAAAAGCAUUGCCCUGGCCGAUGAGCCCAGCCACCAAGAGACCUGCUCCCAGGAAAAAGUCAAGAAAGCUGUCCCUGUCACUUGAUGUCCCCACCCAUGUAUUGAAAAUCCUGCUCGACCUGGCCAGAGAGAAGGAGCUGCAGGCCAAGGCGGCCGCCAACGCUGAGCUGAUGGCCCGCCUCGGGCGCAGGAAAUAAACCUCCCGGCUGGGGCAUGGCUUCUGCCAGGGCUGGGGAGGGCAGCAGGGCUGCUGGGGCGCACGGGUGGAGGGCACGUGCCCGCAGGGGACCACAGACACAGCACCUCAUCUCCCCGGUCCCGGUGCACGAGGCACAAGCAGCAGCCAUAGAAGGGUUUGGUUUAAUAACUGUCACCUCAGCAUCACCAGAGAAGAUACAGCUGGGUUUGCCUAUGGCAGGGCCAGCACAGGAGCACAGCCAGGUCCCAGCCCCAGGCACCGCAGGGACCUGUGUCCUGCUUCGGUCCCCUGCUCCCCUGCUGCUGGGAUGUCUCCAAGGAGGCUGCAUCCAGCUAGGCAGGUUUUCCUGUGCCGCCUCUCUUGGGGUGGCUGCAGCGUGCAAAAUCCUCUGCAAAGCUCGGCUGAGCCUCAAAGCCAGGG